UCCUCCACAACCCCAUGCAAAUUUGAUGGUGGCAUAAAUAAAUAGCACUUUGUUCAGCAAGUAUUUCCCUACAGCUUGCUCAAGCAUCUUCAUCAUAUCAACAAUCUUCUCACCCCCGACAGUCAAGAAAUCUACUACACAGCAUACAUACAAUGAUGCCAUCAUUCUUGUCAACGCUUUUCUCCUCCUUCACCUCCACUUCCAAGGCCUCCCCUUCAUACCCCUCAAAAUCUCGCUCCCACCCCAAAGCCCCCAAAGCCCCUAAAGCCCCCAAAACAUCCCAUUCCACCUACAAACAGCCCACCAAAACCAAAUACAAGCCCUCCCUAUACAACCGCUCCGGCGACCCUAACAACUCCCAACACAAGCGCAACUACAAGUCUCAAGCUCUCCGCAAUAUCAAAUCCCAAGCAGUAGGCGAUUUGCAUAAAUACGAUAAUCCGGAUCCCAAGUUGGGUGGAGCUUGGGGGAAGAAGAGGGAAUUUCGGGGGAUAGAGAGGGCGAGACCUCUUGAGGCAAAAUUUAGGAGGUUCUGAGUGAUGCUGAUUGAUUUCGGGGGGUUUGAAUACGGGGACGUUCCAGGGUACAUGUGCUGGUUC